UGUUUUACUCACUUCUCGGUCCCAUCCCGCUUUAAGCCUCUCAAUUUCAACCUCAUUUCUAGGGUUUCCCUUUUCCCUCCGUUUCAAUUGUCGACGUUCGUUGCUUUGUUUUGAUGACUUGGAGCAUUAAGAGGCAGAAAUACUGUAAUUUUAGUUUCUUUUUCCCCUUUCUAAUGAGUGAGUGAGUUGUGUAUUUCUGGAUAUGGUUGCCACGCAGAGAGUGAUGCAGUCGAAUGUGAGUACGAGCGCCGCUACCACCAGCUGCUACGGUGGCUUGUCUUCGUGCAAAGGAGAGGAUGUUAUGAUCGCCGAUCAGUUCCCGGCUGGUUUGAGGGUUCUAGUUGUCGACGAUGACAUUACUUGCUUAAGAAUUCUCGAGCAGAUGCUUCGCCGUUGCCUCUAUAUCGUAACUACUUGCUCCCAAGCCAAAGUUGCCCUCAGCCUUUUACGGGAGAGAAAAGGAUGCUUUGAUGUGAUACUAAGUGAUGUUUAUAUGCCAGAUAUGGAUGGUUAUAAACUUCUCGAACAUGUUGGGCUUGAAAUGGAUCUUCCAGUAAUUAUGAUGUCGGCUGAUGGGAGAACUAGUGCUGUUAUGAAGGGGAUUAGACACGGGGCCUGUGAUUAUUUGAUUAAACCCGUACGUGAGGAAGAGUUAAAGAAUAUAUGGCAGCAUGUUGUUAGGAAGAAAUGGAAUGGAAAUAAAGAACUAGAACAUUCAGAAAGCUUAAGUGAUGCUGAUAGGCACAGACAGGGUAAUGAUGAUGCUGAAUAUGCUUCUUCUGUCAAUGAUGCAACAGAUGCAUCAUUGAAACAUCUUAAAAAGAGGAGCAAUACAAAAGAAGAGGAUGAUGGUGAAAUCGACAAUGAUGAUCCAUCCACUUCAAAGAAACCACGAGUCGUUUGGUCAGUGGAGCUGCAUCAACAAUUUGUUAGUGCUGUAAACCAGCUGGGGAUUGAUAAGGCUGUUCCCAAGAGAAUUCUUGAGCUGAUGAAUGUGCCUGGUUUAACUAGAGAAAAUGUUGCAAGCCAUUUGCAGAAAUUCAGACUAUACUUGAAGAGAAUAAGUGGAGUGACUCAACAAGGUGGUAUUUCAAAUCCACUUUGUGGGCCAGUAGAACCAAAGGUUAAAAUUUGUUCACUUGGGAGAUUUAACGUCCAAUCAUUGGCGGCCUCUGGACAAAUUCCUCCACACUCCUUAGCAGCCUUCCAUGCUGAGCUCCUAGGUCAACCAACUGGUAAUUUAGCUACAGCCAUGGACCAGCCAGCUCUUCUUCAAGCAUCCCUUCAAGGGCCCAAGUCGAUUCAAGUUGACCAUGGUGUCACAUUUGUUCAUCCUUUACUAAAAUGCAAAUACAGCAGUUUCAAACACUUACCACAAUCCUUUGCCCCUGUCGAAGAUGCUUCUUCUGGAUUCAGAGGAUGGCCCUCGAAUAACAUCUGUACAGCAGGACCUGGUAAUAUCGGAGGGUUAAGUUCUCAGAAUGGUAACAUGCUUAUUGAUUUGUUGCUGCAAAAUCAACAACUCCAGAAAUCACAGCAGCAACCUACUGUUCCUGAGCUUUGCCCUUCGAUCAACGUGCAGCCAUCUUGCCAUGUUGCACCGUCUCAGUCAUCUGCUAGUUUUCAGGUAGGAAAUAGUCCCAUUUCUGUGACCCAGAAUGGCAGCUUUAGUAGGACUUCUGGUAUUGGUUACAAUCUUCUUUCGUCUCAAUCAAAUUGUUCUUCAUCGAGUAUCGGGCAAGUCUCUGAUGUUAAUCUCCAAAGUACUGGUGAUAUUUGUGGCUAUAUUCUCCCUGCUGCUGUUUCUCCAUCUGUUUCAUCCUGCUCAGUAAAUGCUGAAAAUUGUGCUAGUCAGCAAGUUCAAACCUCAAGCAUGACAUUUAAAACACCCAGGAAUUUUCCAGGAUUUGUACAUAGCACGAGCAAUAUUCAGGAUUCCUAUGGUUCUACCAAGACUGGAGAUUUUCUUGAUCAAGCACCUUUUAGUAAUCUUGGAUAUAUCAACAAAGGAACCUGUCUCCCUUCCCGGUAUCCUGUUGAUGGAUUUCAGUCACCUUUGAGCAGCUCUAGCCUUGGAAAGGUUUUCAGUGAGAACUUUGGUACCAGAGUGAAGCGGGAGCCAAAUAUGGAGUUUGGGGAUAAUGCGAAAGUGGGAAUACCAAUGCUACAGCAAUUUCCUCCAAAUGAUCUCAUGAGUGUUUUCACUGAAUAGGCUUGCAUUGUAUGGUGAGAACAAAGACUUAUCUUAGUUUUCUUGUGUGGUUAGCCGUUCAGAUAGUUUCCAUUUGAAGUCUUAGUAAUAUGAAGCUACUUGGUAUAUGGAAAUUCCAAAAGAGCAGGAAUUGAAUUCUGCUCUCUUUUGUACAUUUCCGGUGACGGUGUAGGCAUUCCACGCGUCUAGCCUAGAAUGAUAGUAUGUGGUAAUUAGUCUGCAGGAAAAAUAAGUUGGGAGAUGGCUUGCUUGUAUGUAUUUAUGUUCAAAUAUUAUGAC